GAUCAAUUUUGUGACACAGUAUACAAGUGAGUUAGCAGUCUAAUUAUACUAUAGAAGUCUAUGAUUGAUACACAGUUUUCUAGUAUCUUAGAGUUUUACUGCGUUUAUUUUCUGGCAAGCUUUACCGCGUUCUGUAAGCGUAACGAGAUUGUGAAUACACGAGGAAGUAAAUAAAGUCCAACUUAGUAGCCGAAUCAAACCUAGUAAUCAUGUUUAAUCAAAGCAGCACGUUACGGACAGGAACAUCAUCCACAUCAAAUCCUAUGCAAGAUUUUGAAGUUGUAUCGCCCCCUGAUGAUUCAAUUUCAAGUUUGGCCUUUAGUCCCCCAUCGAUUCAGCAGAAUUUUUUGGUAGCUGGUUCUUGGGACUGCAAUGUCCGUUGUUGGGAAGUCGAGCAGUCUGGCAAGACCGUACCAAAAUCAAUGCAAAGUAUGGCAGCCCCAGUUUUAGAUGUAUGCUGGAGUGAUGAUGGCACAAAGGUAUUCAUGGUAUCAUGUGACAAAACAGCAAAGUGUUGGGAUCUGGCUACAAAUCAAAGUCUACAAGUAGCAGCACAUGAUGCGCCGAUUAAAACAUGUCACUGGAUAAAAGCCAGCAAUUAUUCCUGUUUGAUGACUGGUUCCUGGGACAAAACAUUAAAAUUUUGGGAUUUACGUAGUGCUAAACCAGCAAUGGUUAUUAACUUGCCUGAAAGAUGCUACUGCGCUGAUGUCGAUUAUCCAAUGGCUGUUGUGGGAACAGCUGGGCGUGGAUUGACUGUCUACCAAUUGGAAGGCAGUCCGCGAGAAUACAAAACUGUUGAACUAAGUUUAAAAUAUCAGUACCGUUGUGUAGCAAUUUUCAGGGAUAAAAAGAAAGCUCCAACUGGUUUUGCGAUCGGUAGCACAGAAGGACGUGUUGCAAUCCACCAUUUGAAUCUUAGUUCAAAGGAAAAUUUCACCUUUAAAUGUCAUCGAACAAAUGGCACACCUAAUGGAUAUCAAGAUAUCUAUGCUGUCAACGACAUAGCAUUUCACCCAGUACAUGGAACUGUGGCUACCGUAGGAAGCGAUGGUACUUUCGGUUUCUGGGACAAAGAUGCACGUACUAAGUUGAAGUCAUCAGAAACAAUGGAACAACCUAUCACACGUUGUUGCUUCAAUCAUAAUGGACAGAUAUUUGCUUACGCUGUUUCUUAUGAUUGGUCUAAGGGUCACGAAUAUUACAACCCCACGAAGAAGAAUUCUAUUUUCCUAAGACCAUGUUAUGAUGAGUUAAAACCGAAAGCUUCGCCUUAAAGUUGGUAGAAGUGACGUAUAUAUGAUAAUUGCCAGCUUAAAUGGAAAGUUAUGUGAUAUUGGCAUAGCACAGAAAGCAUUAAAUGGAUAUUCCGAUUAGCAGUACAUGGAUUCUUCUGACAGAAAUUCAUGGGAUUUUAACCGAUGAAGAACACUGUUGAUAUUUUUUUCUUAAUUGAGACUGUUAAAAUAUAUAAUGUAUAAUAUGGUAGAUAUAGAAGUAUGUAAAAAGAUUGUCAUGACUUUUUGUACGCAUAUUAUGACAAACUGUCAUAACUUAUUAUAUGAAGAAUGUUUCAGUGAUUUUAUAUUUAUUUUGUAUACGUCGUAAUUCAUUUUUAAUAAUCUGAUCAAUACUAUCAGAUACAAGGGCAAAAUAUCUGGUUAACAAAAUA